AUAGUAGUCAUUCCCGGCUUGUCUAUCAUUUAAUGAAGUACAUUUGAUUUUGGAUAUCGCCGUAAUUAUAAAAGAGUCCUAAAUAUUUUUGAUCACCAUGAGCCGCGAAGUGUUAUCACCUCCUGUCCAAAAGAUGAGCCAGAAUCGGCGCUAUAGAGUCAACGUUGUUCACGACGACUUCGGUGGCGACAAGUGGAAUGGUCAAAACCAACGGAAUAAACUAGAGUACAAAGCCUACGAAGAGCCGGAUCUUUAUGGUGAUGAUGAUGAUGACGAGGACGAUGCGGUUGUCAAAUGUAUUAAGGAGUCAGCAAAUGGCGAUUUUAGUCUUUCCAUUCAUGUGUCCAAAUCAUUUUACGGUGGACUAAUUGGCAUGAAAGGAUCUACGAAGCGCCGCAUAGAGGAAGAGACCCGUACAGAGAUCUUUGUUCCGCGUCCGAACGAUAGGUCAAACGAAGUGACUAUCAAGGCCAAGCAACGCAGUCAAGUAUGCGCUGCACUGCGACAAAUCCACCAUCUUGUAGCCUCUUUACGAAAAAAAAUGAAACCGACACACUUUUUGGCCGUGGCUCUAAACUCUGGAGAAGUCAAGGAGCGUUUUAUGGAACUAAAGAAAUGCAUUUUGGAGGCCGAGUUGCCAGGCAUCGAUAAGGAGCUUUUCACUCCGGAGUGCUGCAUUCAUCUUACCUUAGGCGUCUAUGUGCUGCUAGAUGACAUUGAACGCCAAGAAGCCCUGAAGAAUCUGGAAUCAUGUCGUCGUUUACUGGAUGGCCUUAAAAUACCUUUCCAAAUUAAAGUUAAGGGCCUGGAGAUUAUGAACGACGAUCCAAGCUCCACUCGCAUUCUGUAUGCCCGCAUCGAGUCUCCGGAUCUGCAAAAGUUUGCGGAUCAGUGUCUGGCCCACUUUCAGACUACAGCACUGUGCGCUACAGACAAUAUUGAACGUGAAUCCAUUAAACUGCACAUGACGGUGAUGAACAACCGCUACCGCAAUAAGGCAAAUAAAUCUGGUAACAGCUUUGACGCUCGCGAGAUCCUCAAGCGCUUUGGAGACUUCGAUUUCGGAGUAGCCCAGUGCCAGGCUGUACAUCUGUGCGUAUUGAAUUCGCGCUCCGAGGAUGAGUUCUAUAAGAUAAGCGGUAGUCUCGAAUUCUAAGAAGAAUUGAAAUAGAGCUUUAUUUAAGUUUUUAAUAAGAACAUUUAAAAAUGUCUUUUAACAAAUAAAAGCCUAGCUAACGG